GGACAAUAAUUAAUCCUCGCGGGGGGAGUUAAUUGGCUGAGCGGCGAUUUCGUUGAAUUGUGAUGCUCUAUUUGCGCCUGUGGUGAACAGGGUGGUGGUGCAGGUGCAGGAGUCCAGACUAGACAGACAGAUUACAGAGAGGUGGAGGAGGAGGAGAGGACCUCAGAUAAAUAAAGAUGGUGUUUCGGAGUGAGGAGAUGUGCUUGGCGCAAUUGUUCCUGCAGUCCGGCUCUGAAUACGACUGCAUCAGUGAGCUGGGAGAGCUGGGGUUGGUCGAAUUCCGAGAUCUCAACCCAAGUGUCAGCUCAUUCCAAAGGCGCUUCGUCAGCGAAAUCAAGAGAUGCGAGGAGAUGGAGAGGAUUCUGGGUUACCUCCUGAGAGAGAUCCAGAAGGCCAGGAUCGCCGUUCCUGAAGAGGAUGAGAGUCCACUCGCUCCUCCUCCAAGACAAGUUCUUGAAAUCAUGGAGCAGCUUCAGAGGCUGGAGAUGGAGCUCAGUGAAGUGGCAAAAAACAAAGAGAAGCUCCAGAGGAACCUUCUGGAGCUCACCGAGUACACACACAUGCUGAAGAUCACGCGGACCUUCAUCCACAGCCGCUCCAGACAUGAGGCUCUUGGUCCCCAGUAUGAAGAGUUCCCCACCAUGGAGACAGACUCGGUCACAGGAUGUACCGGGAUGCAGCGGCUGGGAGCCAAGCUGGGUUUCAUAUCAGGCCUGAUCCAGCGGGUGAAGGUGGAGGCCUUCGAGCGUAUGCUGUGGAGAGUGUGUAAAGGCUACACCAUCCUCAGCUACGCAGAAGUGGACGAGAACCUGGCCGAUCUCGACACUGGUGAGAUUAGCAAGAGUGUUGUGUUUCUCAUCUCUUUCUGGGGAGACCAGAUUGGACAGAAGGUCCAAAAAAUAUGUGAUUGUUACCACUGCCACCUUUAUCCGCACCCUGAGAACGACGAGGAGCGAGCAGACGUGUUGGACAGCUUGAGGACGCGCAUUCAGGACCUUAAUAAUGUGCUUCAUCGCACUGAGGAUUACUUGAGGCAGGUCCUGCAGAAGGCGUCGGAGUCGGCCUUCACCUGGGUGCUGCAGGUGAAGAAGAUGAAGGCCAUCUACCACAUCCUCAACCUCUGCAGCUUCGACGUCACCAACAAGUGUCUGAUCGCUGAGGUGUGGUGUCCCGUCAGCGACCUGGCCAACCUGAGGGGGGCGCUAGAAGAGGGCUCAAGGAAAGGCGACGCCACCGUUCCAUCUUUCGUGAACCGCAUCCCGAGCUCCGACACCCCGCCCACCCUGUUAAGAACCAACAAGUUCACGUCGGGCUUUCAGAGCAUCGUGGAGGCGUAUGGGGUGGGGGAUUAUCGCGAGGUGAGCCCAGCCCCGUACACCAUCAUCACGUUCCCCUUCCUGUUUGCUGUGAUGUUCGGGGACUUGGGCCACGGGAUGGUAAUGAGCCUGUUCGCCUUGUGGAUGGUGCUGACAGAGAAGAACCAAAAGAAGAAGCGCUGCAGUAAUGAGAUAUGGAUGACGUUUUUCAACGGGCGCUACAUCAUCCUGAUGAUGGGACUUUUUUCUAUCUACACUGGACUCAUUUACAAUGACUGCUUCUCCAAGUCUCUCAAUAUAUUCGGCUCUGGUUGGAGCAUCAAGGCGAUGUUUGCGAAUCAGCAGUGGACAAACAAAACGCUCCAAGCCAACGCCUUGCUCACCCUGGACCCCAAUGUCAGUGGUGUUUUCAGCGGUCCGUACCCGUUCGGCAUCGAUCCUAUAUGGAACAUGGCGGUGAACCGCCUGUCCUUCCUCAACUCCUACAAAAUGAAGAUGUCAGUCAUCAUUGGGGUCGUCCACAUGAGCUUCGGAGUCGUGCUCAGUGUUUUCAACCACUUGCACUUCCGACAGAAAUUUAAUGUCUAUCUGCUAUUUCUUCCUGAACUGCUCUUCCUGCUUUGUCUCUUCGGCUACUUGGUCCUCAUGAUUGUCUACAAGUGGCUGGCAUUUGGUGCGCGGGACUCCAGUCGGGCUCCCAGCAUCCUCAUCCACUUCAUCAACAUGUUUGUCAUGCAGGGAAAGGAUAUCGCUCCGCUGUAUCCCGGACAGACGGGGUUGCAGAUUUUCUUGGUUGUGGUUGCUCUGCUGUCGGUGCCUGUGCUGCUGCUAGGGAAACCGUUCUACCUGUACUGGCUGUACCGAGGAGGCAAAGGCCUGCGCAGGCGCAGAGGUUAUGAGAGGGUGAGGCGUGUGAGUGAGGAUGACAACUCCACUGCACCGUCGUACGAAGAUGAUGAAGAGGAGGGACUAGAUGAAACGCCCAGCAGAGAGACUUUACCUAAACAGUUCGACUUUGCCGAUGUCAUCCUGUACCAGGCCAUUCACACCAUAGAGUAUUGCUUGGGCUGCAUUUCCAACACCGCGUCCUACCUGCGUCUCUGGGCGCUCAGCCUGGCUCACGCCCAGCUGUCCGAGGUGCUGUGGGCCAUGGUGAUGCGCCUGGGUUUCAGGAUCACCACUAAAGUGGGCGUGGUGUUUCUGGUCCCGGUGUUUGGUCUGUUCGCCGCCCUCACCGUGUCCAUCCUGCUGGUCAUGGAGGGCCUGUCGGCGUUCCUCCACGCACUGCGGCUUCACUGGGUGGAGUUUCAGAACAAAUUCUACCACGGGACCGGCGUGAAGUUUGUGCCCUUCGACUUCUCCCUCCUCCCUUCUGUUUUUGAGCAAGACGGCUUGCUUUGAAAUCUCCGAGACCGCGGAUUCACACGCAGGCAGACUUUAAAGAAUCGGGAAGGAUGCUGGACGUGGGAACAAUGCACACUGUGAUAAAGGACAACAAACCUUCAAGACAAUGAAUCGAAGCUCAUUCUUGUAGCAACUUUUUUCACCAUGACGAUUUUUAAAUGUUAUUGGCUGUGCUGACUGCCUUACUACUGUACCCAGCAAACCUUUGGAUU